AUGGGUGCGGGGAAGAUCGCUGCUGGCAGAGCGUGGCUGUCUCUCAGAGAGUUAGCUGUAAUCACUGUGUGCUGGGCAGUGGGUGGAAACACUGGCAGGUGUGUCUUCGCCCCCGCUCCCCUCUUCGCCCUCCUUCCCCUCCUCCUCGUCCCUCCCCCAUCAGAUGGCUGUGAUCUCAGUGCGCAGGGCGCUGGAGCACUUUUACCUUGUAAGGUUCCCCUUCCCCUCUUUCCUCGUUCCACCCCCCCCUCGCCCCCACACAACCCCCACCCUCCCCCACCACACCCCCCCCCUAAUCAGAUGGCCGUGAUAUCAGUGCGUAGGGCGCUGGAGCACUUUUACCUUCUUAACAACAGUGCUCCGCCUUCCUCCCCUAUUCCCCCUUCUUCUCCCUCCUUCCCACACUCCCUACUGCCCCAUCAGAUGGCCGUGAUCUCAGUGCGCCGGGCGCUGGAGCACUUUUACCUUCUUAACAACAAUGCUCCGCCUUCCUCCCCUAUUCCCCCUUCUUCUCCCUCCUUCCCACACUCCCUACUGCCCCAUCAGAUGGCCGUGAUCUCAAUGGCCGUGAUAUCAGUGCGCCGGGCGCUGGAGCACUUUUACCUGGCUCGCUCCGUGUCUGCCCGGUGGCUGUGGAAGCUGACCAAGGACCCCACUCAGUCAGCCAUUCGCAAAGUCGGCAGGGGACUCACCGGCUUGGCACACUUCCUGAGCCCACUAUCCAGUGUAGCAGUGCAGCUUAUAACGGAUACCUUCACUGCCUUCCACCGCCUGCUCUUCCCUCCACCACCACCACAAGCGGGUCAGGGGCUCGCUAUAAGCCCUGUGAGGGCCACAGGAGUGCAAAUCGUGUGGCUAGUAAAGCGAACGCUGAGCUACUCGCUCAAGCUCGUGUUCUCUACUGCCUCUGGAGCGCUGCUAUCGGCGGUGUGUGUGCGAUACGUGGGGCCUUGGACCACAAGCUAUGCCUACAUCCUGGGCGACAUGCUAGUCUACCAAACUGCCUCGACUCUCAUCGACCCUCUGCUAUUUUCUGCCACCACUUAG